AUGUCGCCAGUUGAGAGCUCAAGAGGCCGCGAAGUAUCUCUCAAGGCAACCCAUGCAGGAACGUCACCCUGGUCCAGCGGUGCUGGUGUUGGUCUGGUGGGCUACUAUUCGGGAUCGAAACGAUCUCCUUCACUAUCCCGUGGUUCAGCGGUCUCACGGAUCAUUGACCUGCUCCCCCCUGGCUUAGGGGGCAUCUUCUCUCCAAACCAAGGAAAGAGGCCCUUGGGCCUACUGGGAUUCUUGCCUCAGAUGGUUGCGAGAUCCGGAGAGAACUCCCCGAUUGCACUAGCAUGUCGUGCCAUUGCGACAGCGCUCAUUAGCAACCUGAGUCGCACGGCUGAGGCGCAAUCUCAACGAGUGCUAGACUAUGGCAAGGCCUUGACCGCCGCGAAUGCCGCUCUUGGGGAUCGUACAUUGCAGACCCAGGAUGAAACCCUCACGUGUGUCUGGCUCUUGAGCCUGUAUGAGGUCAUUGUAGGACCUUCUGCUCCGUUGGAGAGGUCUGGCUCAACUAGUUGGUUUGUCCAUACACAGGGGUUAGCGGAUCUGCUUCGACUCAGGGGAACAUCACGCUUCUCUUCGCCCGUUGCACGAAACCUCUUCUGGCUGGCAUAUAACACGGUACAAAUUCAAUCUUUUGUCAAUGGUGUGGAAUGCCCCUCCGAGUCCAUAGCCUGGUUCGAAGCCUUGGAGAAGUAUAUCGACAAUGACGAUAUGCACUUACAUCGAGAAUCUGUGUAUGGCUAUCAUGCAUCAAAAAUCUGUGCAAACGGGCGUAAGCUCAUCGACGGAGGCCACAUUGACUCUUUGGAAUCAGUCCUGGACAUACUGAAUGUUGUCGCACUGCUUGACACUGAAUCAUACGACACACAGAUUCCGCGGGUCAGCUUAUCUGGGUCCGACGCGAAUGCCAAUUCAUCAGAAGAGGCGCCUUUCAACCUUCGUGCAUUCAUCAGUCGGACGUCUUACUGUUCUUUUCGCCUGAAGAUGCACAUCACUCUCCUGGAACUCCUCAAUGCAUUGAAGCUGCGGUUUCCUGGCGUCCAGCCCGAUGAGGUGCAAGAGCGGCAGCGAUACUAUACGGCCAUUGUCCAAGCCCUUGCAGACGAGAUACUGGAAGGUGUUCCUUUCUUUUUCCCUUCAUCAGACUCUCCGCUGGGAGGGGCGAGAGGAGGAACGAGACGUUGGACGGAUGGAUUGCGUUUGCUCUGGCCGCUGCGCCUUGUCGCAUUCUGGCCAUUUACGCGAGAUGAUCAAAGGAGGCUUGCUCAAUCGGAGCUGCAACGCAUACGAGCGGAAUGUGGCUUCGUGAAGGUCAAGGCUGCCUUCACGGUUCCAAGCACUGGCUGA